AUUGUUAAUUUUUAAUUCUAGAAACUUUUGUACUCUUAAUUACUGACUUACCUGUAUCAAAUUUCUUAAUCAAAUAUAAACGAAACCAACAUGGCAUCAAAUACACGGCAACCUGAGCUAUCAGAAAUCAAAACAGUCAACAUCUUGGGAUUUCAAAAUCACAAUUUAAAUAUAAAAAUCGACAAACUUCAAGAAAUAUUUUUUGGUAUUAAACAACCUGUGGCAAUUAUAAGUGUAGCAGGUGCAAUGCGCAAGGGAAAAUCAUUUAUGUUGAAUAUGCUACUGCACCAUCUAUUAAAGUGGAAUUUAAAUUCCAGGAACCCCACUGGUGAUGAAAUAAUAAGGAAUGUGUUUCAAUGUAAAGGGGGGAAUGAAAGAGUUACAAUAGGAAUUAACAUUACAGACAAGCCAAUAAUAUUGAUGAAUAAAGUUGGAGAGGAAGUUGCUGUAUUUUUAAUGGACUCUGAAGGGUUGUUCGACAAAAAACAAAGUGCUACUGUAUUUGCUAUAAGCACUUUGCUUAGCUCUCUGCAAAUCUUCAACGUAUCAGAACAAAUUCAAGAAUGUGAUUUGCAAUAUUUACAGAUGUUCACUAAUUAUACGAAGUUAUCCGCAGCACAUAUAGGACAUUCAAAAGCAUUUCCGGAACUUCUGUUUUUGAUAAGGAACUAUCAAUUAGAAGACGUUUGGGGCGUUGAAGAAGGCCAACGGUAUCUUGAAAAAUUCUUACAGAGUGAUGUAGAAGAAAAUCAGCGGGUGAGAGAAGUAUUAGGGGAAAAUUUCGCUCAUCUCAGAUGUUUCCUGCUUCCACAUCCUGGAGAAACUGUGGCAAAAUGGAAACAAACAAGACAAAUGUGGAAGCCAAGAAAGGAAUCCAAACCCAACAUAUGCUUUGCAGAUAUUAAUAAUAAAGAUUUUGUUGCUGGAGUUGAGGAGUUGGCUGAACAAUUAUUCGGCAAGGAGCACCUAAUAGUAAAGAAACUCUGCGGUGAUGUCAUCACAGCGACCGAGUUUAUUGAUCUUGUCCCUCUAUAUGUAAAAGUAUUUACUGGUGAUGAUAUCCCAACCCCAGAAACAAUUACUAAAGUCCAGAAUCAAUGCAUGUUUAUCACCAAACUUCGUAAACUGGAGUCUGAGUACUGUACUGCAAUGAGUAGGGAGGUGGUAGAUGAAUACAUUCCGCUGGAAAAGUUGGAAGACAUACACACCAAACAACUUACCCAAGCACUGAAAGUGUUGGAUAGUUUCAGUGUUAUUUUAAGGGAAGAUGAGAGCAAAGCUGAACGAAAAUACAUGGAGAAACGUUUACAGUCUGCAUUUCACGAGAUUCAAACUAGGAACAUUGCCCACAAGAAAAAACAGAUAAUCGAAAUAAAACAAUGCGGUGAGAAGGCUGCAGAAUUGUUCAGAGGGUGGCUAAAAGAGGCUGCAAAUGGUCAAUAUGUAGAGGAUAUUUCAGAGGAAAGAAAUGUUGCAAAACAGAAGGCGUUUGAGGCUUUCAAUAAAUGUGUUCAGGUUUAUGACAAAGACCUGGUAAAGGAAUAUGUGUCUAAUUUGAAAAAGUAUAUUCAAUCAGAAGAUGAUCAAUUUAUUAGGAAAAAUGCUGAAAGAUUGAAAUCUCUUACAGAAAAAUUGGAAAAAAAGAUUUCCUGUGCUGCGGGUGCAUACAUGGAAAUAAUUGAAAAUAGUAUUGAAGAUCCUGAUAAAGCACAAAUGGUAAAUUUUAAUGAAUUGCAUCAAGUGGCCUCUGACAAAGCUUUGCAAGUGUUUGAAGAAGCUGGUGUGAACAAAACCCUAAAAUGUAGACAAGAUGCACUAAACACCUUAAAAACUAAAGUUGAACAACUUGCUUCUAACUAUCAGAAAAGAUUAGAGAAAUAUAAGGAAACUGGAAAAUUGUUGAAGGUGGUAAAAAAAGCUGUGCAAGAAUACGAUACACAUUUUGGAAAGGUGAGUUUAUGAAUAUUGAGAAUUUAUUUUAUUUGUGGUUUAAAAGUAAGCAUCAACAUAAUAAUUUUUUAUAUUGCCCAAUAUUUUCGAAAUCAAAAUACAUAUGACGGUUUUGGGUGAUAUCUGGAAUUACUACUAUCAUUCCUUAAGUAAUUGACAACAAUUUAAAAAUAAAAAAACACACAAGUAGUUAUUUAGCGAUUCGCACAACAGGUGAAGAAAACACACAGGAUAAGACGGGAUAGUUUAAAAUCAUUGUUAAUUUUGAUUCAAAAGUGUACUUAUUAUUAGGAUAAAUACACGUAAAU